AUAAUGGAACAAGAUCCAACUUCAAAACCCCCACUUUUAUGCAUAUUGGACAGCCCCCAGCAAUUUAGGCUUUUCAGUGAGACCCUUUCUGAUGACAUUCUGAGGUCAUACAGGGCCUUUGUCAUGUAUGUGCUUCUGUAUCAGAAGAAGAAAACUCCCUGUGCAGGGUGUGAUGUGCUACAGGCCCCACCAUGCAGCCUGCACAGUGGCCUCAGAGCCCCCAGGUCCAGGCCCUGCCUUGGCUAGGACCUGGGGCUGCCAUGCCUGCAGAUCCGCUAUAAGCCCUAUUAAUAGGUCUGUUCUGGUGCAAAACUGGAAUAGCCACCCUGCCUCCAGAGCCAGGUGCACACCCACCCGGUGAAGACAAGAUUGAAGAUAAGCAGUUCCCCACUUCACCUGCAGAACCAGAGCAACAGGGAUGGAGUCAAGAAACUGACCAUGAUGAUUUUGAGACAUUGUCCCACCAGAGCGAAAGUCAAUCAGACACAAAAACCGACUCCUUUGAAAGUGCUUCCGACACAGAGUCCCUGCCUUGUGGCUUCACAGGGGGAACCUGCCUUCCUCUAAGUGGUACCUCUGUGGACAGAGAAGGACACUGGGGAUGCCCUGACAUACCAGCAACCAGAGCUCCUCAGGAGCAGCAUUCAACUAAUGUCCCUGAGCUUGACUCAAAAGAGGAACUAGAUUUGUCCCCUGGCUUCAAGGAAGAGUCUUAUGAAACUGGGUUCCAAACCUUUGCUGCAGUUGCUGGAGAAGAGAAGACAGAACACUUCCAGGACAGCAGUGUGGCCAGCCUGGAGCAAGAGUCUUUUCUGGCAGGGUCUCCUCACCACACAGAGGGCUGCUCACAGGGCACCACAGGCAGCUACAGUCUCCAGCCAGCAAAGGCAACUGCACAAGUCCUCGGGGGGUUCUCUAUUUCUUCUCUUCAGAAAUCCAGGUCUGAGAGUUGUCUGGACAUCCCAGUGGUCUGGCCCUUCCUUCUCUGGUGCUGUGAACUGGGCCAGAGCUGGCCACAUAUCCACAGCAGGGCCAGGGGACCUUUCAAAGGCCCUGAGCACAGCACAGGCCCUGUGGGAGCCAGAACAAAAAAGGGAAGUACUCUAGGCCCUGAAGAGUACACAGACUUGCUCUGCUUCCAGCCCUGCUCUGAUGCCCCUUGCCAGCUUCCUUUAGGGACAUCUUGCCUCCUUCAUGCCAAGCUUCACCACAGUGCCCCCGAAAAUAUUAAUGACGAGGACAGAACAUCCACAGAGCACUGCUGUCAGCACAUGAGGAUACUGACUAGGGCCCACUCCAUAGCAGUGUUUCCCUUAAGAUACCCUGAGAAUCCUCCAGGGCAGAAUUUUGUGAAAUUUGGGACUCAUUUGAAGGAAGGGACUGAAGCAGAACGAGACCCAAGAACACGAAACCCUCUCCACCCUGUCUUCACCCGACUGUCUCCUUUACUUCCUGCUUCCCAGAGGAGGGCCCCUUAUUUGCAGGAUCAGUAUAAACCCAGUGCUCUUAGCUGGAAAAGGGCCUUUCAGGACACACCCUGUGAACAUCUCUGGCUGGAAAACCAGUUGGGACAGGAUUCUAGAUCCUGCCCAGUCUCUUCAUGCCUUACUGCAGACUCCGUGAGCUUUAGCACAGAGGAAGUGCCAGUGCCCACAGAGUGCAAGUCGGAACAUAGCCCAGAAAACCUACAAGAGGAACCCCAAGGCACUGGCCCUGCACCAAACGAUGCUGAUGUGAGUGACAGACAAAAGCACCUUCAGGACAUUUCUGUUGAGGCAGGAAACCAAACCAGUAAUUACGGAUCAAAGUACAUUCUCAGUGAGAAAAGAAAGCCACCUGUUAGGGCCAAGUUCCCACAUCAUUCCAGCAAUAGCGGGACACAGGUGUGGAACAGAGACUGGAUGGGUUGCUGCAAAGUGAGUGAUUGUUCAGAUACUCCAGAGAUCACCCUGAAAUCAAGUGCAACAGACACCUCAAAGGAGCUGGAAGAUGUGAUGGUUCUAGACCCCCAAGGCACCAAAAGUGCCUUGCCGGAAUUUUCAGAAACCAGAGCAGCCCCUGUGUCUCGUUGCAGUGGUGGGGAUGAGUGCCACCAGGGGCUGGCAGGUGGUGCCUGGCCCUCUCCUGAGGGCCUGAAGCUAGGGCCCAAGGUGGAAACAUCUAGGGGCAGGUGCACACUCAUCAUUGUAGCUGUUGAGCAGAAAGGUCUGCAGGCCACCAGGAGGAAAACAGGUCCUCUUCCAGAAACACUGUCCGAAUUUCUGGAGGAAAAACCAGGAUCUCCCUGCGGUGCUGGGACGACCUCCUGGGAGUCUCCCAGGGCUGGGAAACCACAAACUUGCGGCAGUGAGUGUGCGCUGCCGGAGGCCAGCAGACUGGCAGACGACGAUGGGACUCUUCAGAAGGGGGCCCACGACGCAGAGCUUGCGAUAGUUCUGGUCCCCGAAGCUGCCUCGGAAGAGAGGCCCCGGGACAAAGACACUUGUUCCCAGGAGCCUGCCCAGGCCCGGCUGAGCAGGGGUGAGGCUGCCGAAGAGAAACCGCCUGGGGCAAGGUGGAUCCCCGGUUUUGGGACACACAGGGCACAGGCUGCUAGGCCUCCCGCCCCCGGGCCUGAAGAUGCUCACGGGGCCCAGGGCCUUCACCCCGAGACGGGGAGCCUGGCGGGUGGGACGGAGGCAGCGCAGAUGGGUUCGGAAGCCCCAGCCUCUGCCUGCGCCCACGCACCCCCGCCGCCGCCGCCGCAGGGCCAGCCCCGCCGCCCCUGCAAGGCCUUGCAGGAGCCCGGGAAGCGCCGGACGGUUCCCAGAGUGACCUCCCUCAGGAAAGGCAGGUCCGCUUCCGACAGCCCAGGCGUGGAGCCCGGCGCGCAGGGACCCGGGCGUCUGCAGCCCACUCGCCCCGCUCCACCCGGUGCCUCCGCCCCGACCGCGGGUUCUUCGGGCCUUGAGGAACUGCGUGCAGACGGUCGGGGCCCUGCGGCCUAUUGGCCGCUCCAAGUGGGCGCGGGCGCAACUCUGAAGACCAUUUCCCGGGGCGCAGGUGGGGAAGCUGCAGGGCUAAGGAAAGGGGACCAUGUGGCAACACCAGAGGACCUGGGCAGCAGGACACCGUCCUCAGAAAGGGCUGAUGCCAAGAGACUCAAAACUCCAGAGAAAAGGCUCAGGGCAAGGCUGGCCUUAGCUCAUAAGACCUUUGCAAAUUUUUUUGAGUCAAAGGUUUUAGAAAAAGAGAACACUGAUGAAUGUUGUCCAGGUGCCCUCAAGGGCCGGAAGGAGAAGAGCAGGCCGCGCCAGAGUUCCUGGCGUGCAUUUCUGAAAAACAAAGAUGUAGAAGCCCCCAAAAGGCCCGCCGUAGUGAGUCUGGUUCCAGGACCGGAAAUCUUGAAUCUCCUCAGACCCUCUCCCCCAGGGACCAAUAGUCACUGUCAGGAGCAGGCAGAAGACAAGGAAAGCUGUGUGUUUGGAGAUCACUGGCCACCCCCACAUGCUCCCACACCUUUGUCAUCCAGCAAUUUGGUCUCUCCAGAUAACAGGAGAAAAAGUGAACCAACCAUCAAAUGCACAAGCCCCCAGGAAAGUGGUAGGUACCUAACUUCAGGUAUCUUUCCUGAGAAGUCCUGGCUGAUGUCACCCACCAGCCCUUGUGCCCAGCAGACUGGGAUCAGCCGCACCCUUCCAUCCAGCUCUGCCUGUUGCUUGGCAUAUGGGAGCCAAGGCAUGCCCAGCAAACCCAUGAGUCCCAAGCCCCGAAACCCCAGGCCUGGUGCUCAUCGGGCAGAUUUCCACUACCCAGGCAGGAGCAGUGCUGUCUCCAUGGUUUCCCUUGGAAGCUACAUGGAUGUGGAUAACAGCUCAGAGGCUUCUGAAAGGCCCAGGACCCCCAAGGCCCCAGCAAGCCUCCUACUUUCUCUGCAAACACUAGACCAGGAUGACCAGAAGGAAGAGAGCAGGAAAAGAGGCUGGCAUCACCAUGGCCUGAGCACAGCACCCUCACUCAUGGACCUUCCUGGGACUGAGGUGAGUUCCCUGUGUUUCGCACCAACCUCUAAAUGCAAGAAGCUACAUGGUAAAUGUUCCAAAGUGAGGGGAGAGGUGAAGCAAGAAGGCCAGUCUGCCUUCUGUGGGGAGGGCACCACUCACACUCCCAGAUGGCUCAACCCUAAUCAACACAGUGUGUGA